AUGAUUCCCUCUAGAUCGAUUCAGCAAGACUUAGAAGAUGAAAUAAUUAAUUAUGUUCAUCAAGCGCAUUAUGAAAGUUUCGAAUGUAAUAGAAGUUAUGGAACGGAACUAGUGACAAAAAAACGAAAGGUGAAGAGAUUAUUUGACAUAUUGUAUGAGUCAUUUAGUAAACUAGAAGGAAACAAGUCAUCCCAGAGAAAUGAUCUAAAGGCGUGGAAUGUGCUGAAGAGCAACGAAAAGUUGCUAAAAAUACCUAAGACUAUAGGGCCAGUAGACGGCGUUGAAGUAGGAGAUAGAUUUGAUUUCAGGCUCCAGCUUAUGAUCAUGGGCAUCCACUCUUUUAUCAUUCGAGGAAUUGACUACAUACAGUUGGCUCAUGGCCAACUAUUGGCAACUUGUGUCGUUGCCACCGAAGGUUACUUUGACAAGAUGGUGAUGCAGGAAGAGAUUUUAUACACAGGGGAAGGAGGUACUUUUGAUCCCAAAGGUAAAGACGUUAAAGAUCAAGAGCUUAAAAGGGGUAAUCUGGCAUUGAAGAAUAGCAUGGAUGCACAGAAUUAUGUGAGGGUUGUUCGUGGAAUUAAGUCUUGUGGGAAAAAAAGUACGACUUUCAUCUAUGACGGGUUGUACAAAGUGGUUGAAUGCUACAAGGAAAGAGGUUCGACUAGAAAGAUGCAAUUAAAGUUUAGGCUAGUCAGGUGCCCUGGUCAGAUUAACAUUGAGUGGAAAAGGUACUACUAA